AUGUGUGAGUUCAGCUUUACGAUGAAUCAUACUAUUACUAAAGGGGAGCGCGAUGACGCACUUGAUCAAUGGGCUGUAGACAACAACUUGUUUGAGGCCUAUCAAAACUACAGGACUAAAACUGAGUCUGCUAGAGAAGAACGGCAGAAAGCUAUACUUAAUACGCUGGACUAUGUGCGCGGAUUCUUUGAGAAAGUAGAGGAAUUCCAGAGGAGGGAGCGCGAUGACGCACUUGAUCAAUGGGCUGUAGACAACAACUUGUUUGAGGCCUAUCAAAACUACAGGACUAGUACUGAGUCUGCUAGAGAAGAACGGCAGAAAGCUAUACUUAAUACGCUGGACUAUGUGCGCGGAUUCUUUGAGAAAGUAGAGGAAUUCCAGAGGAGUAAGAGUUACACCUGCAGUCAGGAAGCAGAUGGGAUUCGUGAGCUAUGUUCUACCCUUAGCGUUCUGGAACGUCAGCUAGUGAAUAAUCUGUUGUUUGCUUAUAGGACUGAGCCUAGUGGAAGGUUCAAAAAGUCGUUAGCUUUUGCUUUUGCUGACACAAAUUUGUUAGGAUAA